GCCAAAGCAUGAGGUGUGGGGGUGACCAGGAAGCGAGAGUCCAGACUGGGAAGGAGUACGGUUUCGGCUCCGGCGCUGCUGCGAGGCUUUAGCGAACAGCUGAACAUGUGGAAUCCCAAUGCCGGGCAGCCAGGGCCAAAUCCGUAUCCUCCCCCAGUAGGGUGCCCUGGAGGUUCCAACCCUGCCUAUCCACCACCUGUCAAUCCUGCCUUUCCUCCUGGCCCCUGUCCCACUCCUCCAGGACCUCCCCAGGUGAAUCCAGCUUUCCCUCCAAGUAGGCCCCUUUAUCCCAUGCCACAGCCGGGGUGUCCAGGAUACAAGCCCUCAGGGCCCUACCCUCCCCCAUACCCUCCACCUGCUCCUGGCAUGUGCCCUGUAAAUCCUCUGGCUCCUGGCAUGGUGGCCCCAGGGAUGGUGAUGGACAAGAAGAUGCGGAAAAAAAUGAAGAAAGCUCAUAAAAAGAUGCACAAACACCACAAGCAUGGCAAGCAUUCCUCCUCUUCCUCCUCUUCCAGCAGUGACUCUGACUGAAUGCAGGGCUUGGACCCUCCUUCCCUCAAGUCUCACCAGUUCUGCUCUCCCAUCAAGCUUCAGCUGCCAUGUUGUACUGGAGGGAAUUAGCCCCCUGCCCCCUGCCCCACCCCCACCUGUGCCCUGCUGCUCAGUCCUGACCCGGGCUAGGGAGAAUGGAAAGAGGAUUGCCAUGGGCUAGCGAAGGCUGCCUUCUCCAUCCCUGCCUGAUAGCUCUUUAUAGAUGAAGAGUUUAGCAGGGGAGGUGUCUUUUGAAGAUGGUGAGACCUCUGAGUUAAAGGAAGACAAGUUUGAGAUCUUUAAAAUAUGACUUUUCAUUUCCUUUUAUGAUACUUGUGGCUGGGAAGAUUUGUGGAAAUUUUCUUAUGAUGAUGAAAAGCCUGUAAUGUUUUGUAAUGAUAGCACAUUAGGGUGGCUGAGUAGCAAAUAUAUUCCUAGCACUUUAAUUGAUUGUAUUAGCUACAAGGCUGCUGGGCAAUGGAGUCCAUUUGGUUGGUGAGCUCUUCUGGAGCCCAAUCUUUCCUUAGUUCAGUAUGCUAUUUUAGGUAUUGCUUCCCAGCUCUGAAGCCAAAUAAAGGUUAUGUUUUCUGGUC